AUCAGGUUGUCUUUCAGUGCUGAGCAUCAAGUUUCCAUCGCCACCUACAGUCUACCAAUACGCUCACAAGCUGUCCCCGAACUCUCUCACAGCGUCGACUCUCCUUCCUCGCCGUCUUAUGAUGAGAAAUACGCGAUUGGCGUCACCAAGGGAUUUGACAAAGCCUUAGACGAGGAGCAUCUCCAGAAGACUCCUUCGUCUGAUAUUGGGCCCCUCACCAUCGUUGUCCGCGAUUUGACACUCUCACAAGAAUGUCAAAGUCGCCCUCUGCUAUCACCUCGCAGAUCCCUGGCUGCCCUCUCUGAGUCCAGCCAUCCCUCGGUCACCGAGCAUAUUCAGGCAAGCGAGACCUUGGACGGCCUCGAAUCCGACAAGGAGUCUCAGGGCAACGUGCAGAGAACUUCUCAGCCUCCCGUGCAAAGGCAUAACGAACCCCCCGUCGGCGACUGCGAGACCAAAGGCUCCCCCAAAAGCGACGUUACCUCGAAUCGUCGCCAGAAUUCUAUAAGCCAGUCGGAAGCCUUUCUCCAACAAAACUCAAACACCGACUGCGUUGACGAAAGCGCAAUUGAUGAUGAUUCCGAGUCGGAAGCCUUUCUCCACCAAAACUCAAACACUGACUGCGUUGACGAGACUGGCAAAAGGUCUAGCAUUGACGAGGAGACCUUUUUCCAGCGUACCGACAACAACAGCAAGCUGACCUCGCGUCGCUCUCUUAUUACCAUGAUGGUGGUUGAGAUGGACAACCGCGGAGGGGUAGGGAAUGUUGCCUCUCGGUCUGUCUCAACACUUCCGUUUCGUACCAGCCACCCGGCCCUGCCUACCUUAGCCGUCUCUCCCAAUGAUUCCGACGACGCCCCAUUAAUGAUGAAGCGCGAUAACGGCAGGCCGCAUCUGAAGCCCAUCACCGAGGUGCCACGGUUUGCUCCUCGGCCUAUCUCCAAGAGUGCCAGCCGCUGGUGCGAAGCAGUCCUCUCCCCCCGAACCACACGACAAAACAUGCUAGCGACAGAAUUGACCAAAUCUGUCCGAUGGAACAUGCUUUGGGAGCGCGGGCAGAAGUCAGCUACUGCUAACGCAGUGCUCAAGCGCCGCCAUACCUCCCACGACGUCGCGAACCUGAAGCAGUAUCCCGAGAUCGCCCGGACAACCACGAGGAAGGAUGGUUUCAUCGAUGCCCUAUACCUCGCUUAUCACACAGGCGAUGAUUACAACACAAGGGAAUGGUGA